CCUUUAUUGGUUAUUCAUUGUGGUACUCUGGCAAACCUGAUUCUUCGAGGAACGGUACUUCUUCGCGUGUUCUUCAGUUGUGUUUCUGCAGGAAGAGUGUCAUCACACUACAAAAUGACGAAAUUUUACCUUCUGCUGCUGUUGCCCAUAAUAGUUUCAUUUGCUGACGAAUUUUCUGACUGCAAAUGUAAAGAAGGUUAUUCUCCACAAAAUGACACGAGUGGUAAUGUUUAUUGCCGAGGAAACGUUGUAAAAUCUGUUAGGUCUAUCCUACCAUGUAACAUAAUUUUCAAACCAGAUUGUACGUGUGGAAGCGAAGCAACAAGCGUGGUCCAAGAUUCUUCAGGCACCUGGUGUGGGAGAUUUAUUGAUGGAAAAGAAGACAGGAGAUGGGAAUGUGAAAAUAAAAAUGAUUGGGAGGCAUUUUAUCAAGAACAUCCAGAAGAAAAACCUAAAUCUUAGAAAAUUUUAAUUUUCAUUAAUGAAAAU